AUGUCCGAUGACUUUAACCUCGCUGACACCAUCGACCUUGACCGGCCUUGUUUUGUCCCUUAUGAUGCGUUGGAGUCGCUCCUUAAUUGGGACUGCGCUUUUGAUAUGAUCCACUACAGCCCAGCACGAUCGGACCCAAGUCAGUCCUCAGAAACGCUGGAAACAAUCAGAUUUGGCAAGUUCCAGUUCCUCGACAAAUUCACCAACGUAACCGGCUUCCUCAACUCCUUCGAGUGUAUGCGCGUCUACGAAGUCAAACAAUUGGCGACGGUUAUGGCGGAUCUCGCACUGCAGGACACCGACGACAAAGAUGCUUCUGCCACCCCCAUCUCCCUAGACUUUCUUCUUAUUCCCCCUCCAACACUCGAGAAACCUGAGCCAUCAAAGCCCUUUUCAGGACUGCUCGCAGACGGGUGCACGGACUGCUCAAGCUGGCUAUCAGACCCUCUAGCAGGAGUGACAAACGAGCUGGUCUGUCGACUGAAGCACGUAACGACAACUCCCAGCCUAGGGAGCUCAAUUACCAUUACCUGGUCGGCCCUGAUCGAGAGUAUCUGCAUUCAGUUCUUCAGUCCGCCAAACAUCAGACGGUAUCUCGUCUAUUUCUGGUCCUUCUGGUACCCGAAUUGCCCUAUCAUCCAUAAACCCACGUUUGAUGUGCACAAUACACCGUAUACACUUUUACUGGCCAUGUUACUCAUUGGCGCCAGCUUUGCCCCUGAUGAUGCGACUAGCCAGAAUGCGAAGCUGUGGUUCGAUAGCGCGGAGGAGCUCGUGUUUGCAGACCAGCAUUUCAGGUGUGCGGUGGUACAUGGCGAUGGUGCAGAGGGAUUCCACCUUCGUAGGGACGCAGUCAAGGCACUGCAGGGGGCGUAUUUGAUUUGUCUCUUGCAGAACUGGGAGGGCGACGAUAAUAGUAAACGCAGGAUCCGGCGGUCUAGAUUCAGCAUGGUCACCGCGAUGGGCAGAGAGCUUGGGUUCUCCCCUGGAAGCCAUCAUAAGCCACAGAAUGAAGACGGAAACUGGGAGAGAUUCAUUGCGAAGGAGGAGUUCAACAGGACGCUUUCAUACAUAUUCCUCCUCGACACGGCCUUUAUCAUCUUCCACAAUACGCCUCCCAAAGUCUCAGUCUCGGAACUCAACUUCGACCCUGUCUGUCCGGAGCGCUGCUUUCAGGCCACGACGGCGGCGGAUUGUUUCCUGCUGUUACACGACAGCGACAAUUCGUCUCCCAUUGCUGGGCCCUCCAUCACCGAUAUCGUCUCGCGAAUCUGCAAGGCGACACUGAGAUCUAGUGAGAAGGAAUACUUGGCUGGAGUGGGAAAGCUGAACCUAUUCAUCAUUAUCAGCGCAUUCCACACCCUCCUCUUCCACGCACGCAACACCUUUGCACCAGACGCAGCGAUGCUCCCAAUCCAACAUGGCCUCACAAAUUGGAAAGAGAUCUGGAAUCACCACGAGAUUCUGGAGCACAGCGACACUCGGUCAAGCGGCCUAGCAUCGCCAUCCGAGUGCUGGAAACGCACGGGGUUCAUGGAAUAUGCGCCGGAGUACUGGACCCUUGCACAGGCUAUGAUAACCAGUGUCUUUACUACGCCUGCGAAUGAGGCUGGGUCUGGACUGGGGCUGCUGCUUCAUCGCGUGGAUGAGAAUGGGAUGGGCCAGUUGAAUCGGUUUAUCAGGUGGGCUGCGAAUGCGGGGAUGGCGAGGAUUUAA